AUGGCGGGAGGCAAGGUUUACUCGUUUGAGGAGGUGAGGAAGCACAGCGAUCGCAAGGAUUGCUGGCUCAUCAUCGCCGGCAAGGUGUACGACGUCACGCCGUUCAUGGAGGAGCACCCGGGCGGCGACGAGGUCCUGCUGGCGUGCGUCGGCAAGGACGCCUCCGCCGACUUCGAGGACAUCGGCCACACCGACUCCGCCAAGGAGCUGAUGCCGCAGUACUGCAUCGGCGAGGUCGACGCGGCUACCAUCCCGGCCAAGCUCACCUACGACGUCGUCACCAAGGACGCCAGCAGGUCCGAGAAGGCCACGACGAGCGGCGGCACUUGGGCCACGCUCCUGCAGCUCGCCCUGCCCGUCUUGCUGCUGGCCCUGGCCUUCGCGCUGCAGAACUACACCAGGGCCAAGGCAGAGUAG